CUACGAAUAAACUACUUAAGCCAUUCAUACUUAUUGUGGUCUUGCUUCUCCUGUAUAUAUAUAUGAAACCAAAACAAAAAAAAUUUGAUCUAGACGAAGAUCUACAACCUACUCUCUCUUAAGGAAAAGGAAUUACUCGAGAACAUGCAAUUCAUUUUUAUGAAGUUUUCCUUAAUAUCCUGUUGAACAAACAUAAUAAAUUUGCUGAACAUGCUGAGAAUGUUUAUUUGAUCAAUUAUUUAAUCAGAAAUGAUGUAAAAUGGAGAGUCACUGAAACCAUGCUCUUUUAACUAUUCGAUGUUACAGGGAAUAACUAUAUAAGUAAGAGUGAAUAUGAAUCAUUCGCUGAUAUGAUUGAUGAUGUAGGGGAUCGAUAGAAAUUAGAUUCUUUAAGAAUGCUAAUUGAUAGAAAUAUUGAUACAAAAAUUAUGAGAACUGAAUGGAUUAAUUUUUGUAAUAAGGUUUUAAGACCUAAGUUGAUCCAAGAUUUGUAGGAAUGGGAAAAGUUUCAUGGGGCAUUGUCUAACCCUUACAAUAUUACAGCUUAAUUUACAGCCAUCAAUAGGGAUGAGAGAAAUCAUAGAGACUUAAUACAUUUGCAAUUGGAUAGAGGAUUACAAAUGUUACAUGAUGGAUUCAAGACAUUUGUAAAACAUUAUGAAGAAUAGACCAAACAUUCAAAGGAUGAUAAAGAUCUAUUUGUUAGAAAGAUAGGAUUUUGGAUUCUUGAAAGGUUUGAAAGAUGGGAUGGGUUAUUUAAUUGGAUCUAUUAAUUAUUAGAUGAUAAUGGAGAUGGGGAAUUAACUCCUAAGGAAUGUGCUGCAUAAUUAAAUACUUUUGCGGUGUCUAUGGUACACGUAAGAGAGAUCUUUGAAUAUAUGGAUGAAGAUGGGGAUGGUAUUCUAUUGAGAAAAGAAUGGGCUGAUUUUAGUGAAACAUUCAGAAAGCUAUUAUCAGGUUAUUUUAAUUAAAAAUGA